ACUCACACAAUCUAACACGUAGUCAGGCCGUAGGAAACACACCUUCACAGGUAACAGGUGUGAAGUCGAAUCCAUAGGUUACUACAAUCAAGACCAUCCGCAGUAGAUCAAAAUGAUUUUUCUAAUGGACCUCCAGAUGAUGCUACUGGAUGUGAUUUACUUCAUCCUGCGCAACUCUUUGCGGGUCGUCCUGCGCCCGCGCACCAAGCCAAUUGAUGGCGAGCUGGUGCUGAUCACCGGAUCAGGUGGCGGCCUGGGUCGUCUCUUUGCUCAGGAGUUCGCCAAGCAUGGGGCAGAGGUGGUGCUGUGGGACAUCAACGGCAGUUUCAACGAGCAGACAGCCAAGCUGGUGCGUGAGAUGGGGGGUAAGGCGCACACCUACACGGUGGAUGUGACCAACAGGGAGGAUGUGUAUCGCAACGCAGAGCUUGUGCGAAAGGACCUGGGCCAGGACGUUACAAUGCUGGUGAACAACGCUGGAGUGGUGGCUGGGGAGCGCAUGUUAGACUGUCCCGAUGAACUGAUAGAGAGGACCAUGAAAGUCAACUGCCAUGCCCUCUUCUGGACAGUGAAGGCCUUCCUCCCUCAGAUGAAGGCCCAGAAUCAUGGACACAUUAUCACCAUCGCCAGCAUCCUUGGUCUCUUCAGCACAGCUUGUGUCGAGGAUUACUGUGCCAGUAAGUUUGCUGCAGUCGGCUUCCACGAGUCUCUGGCCCAUGAGCUGCUGACUGAGGAGUUUGAAGGAGUGAAGACUACUCUUGUGUGCCCCUAUAUCGUGGACACAGGCAUGUUUGAAGGCUGCAAGAUACGGGAGGAAGUGGAACUGCUCCUACCCCCCCUGGAGCCCCAGUACUGUGUUGAGCAGGCCAUGAAUGCCAUCCUGAUAGACCAACCAUUAGUGUGCAUCCCUCGUCUCACAUACCUGCCUUUUCUUUGCAGAGCAUUGUUGCCAUGGGAAUCCAAUGUGGUUACGUAUCGUUUCAUGGGGUCCGACAGAUGCAUGUACCCCUUCAUUGACACCAGGAGGAAACAAAUGUCUAAUCAAGCCGUUACGGUUGCAUAACCGUACCUAAGUACAGUUAAGACAAC